UAUAAAGCUCAGAACCAGUGGACAGAUCGGGGCAACUGAAUAUUUUCUCCCAUUCUUUCUGGAGAAGCAACUUUAAAAAUAAAAAUAAAAGAUGCCUCUGUUAAAUUUCCUCCUCUCUUCCCCUGCCUGCAUCUGCCUGCUGUGCCUGGUCUUCUUCUUCGCAUCGCUCUAUUUUCCAAGGAGCUUCAGAAAACCGACUUUUAAAUUCCCACCUGGUCCGAUGCCUCUCCCAAUCAUUGGCAACCUACAUUUGAUGGAUAUGAAAAGGCAGGACAAAUCCAUAUUGAAGCUUGCUGAGAAAUAUGGCCCGGUGUUCACCCUCCAUUUUGGAUUCCAAAAAGUAGUAGUGCUGACUGGCUAUGAAGCUGUGAGAGAUGCCCUUGUGACCUUCACGGAGGACUUUGUGGACAGGCCGCCAAUCCCAAUAUUUGAAGAGAUUCAGCAUGGAAAUGGGGUGUUUUUUUCCACCGGAGAGCUGUGGAGGACUACCCGAAGAUUCACCAUGGCCAGCAUGCGCAAUCUUGGCGUGGGGAAGAAGCUCAUAGAGAAGCAGAUUAAUGAAGAACUUGGUUUCCUUGUAGAGGACAUUAAAUCUUUUGAAGGUGAACCUUUCAUUCUCAGAACCUUUAACACCGCCCCAACCAACAUUACUUUUGCUCUGCUGUUUGGAGAGAGGUUCGACUACAAAGACCCAGUAUUCAUCACUCUCCUAAGACUCAUAGACGAAGUGAUGUGCCUUCUUGGAUCUCCAUUCUUACAUCUGUUUAAUUUCUACCCGUUCCUUGGAUUUUUUUUCAACACUCACAAAAUUCUACUGAAGAGGAUCGAAGACGUCCGCCUCAUUAUAAGGGAAUACAUCAAGACAAGCAAGCAAGACAUCAACGCCAACAACCUCAAUAGCUACACAGAUGCAUUGGUCUUCAAGCAACGAGAGGAUACGACUAAGCGAGAGAACCUUUUUAAUGAUGACAACCUCAUCGCUUCCAUCCUGGAUCUUGUCAUGGCUGGAACAGAGACCACAGCAACAACAUUACAAUGGGCCAUUCUGCUGAUGAUGAAGUACCCAAAGAUUCAAAAAAAGGUUCAAGAGGAGAUUGGGCGGGUUGUGAAACCAGGACACUGGGCCACAUACGAUGACCGGAAAGACAUGCCCUAUACCAAUGCAGUGAUCCACGAGGUGCAGAGAUUUAUCACGCUGUUGCCGCAUGUCCCACGCAGCACAUCCGUUGACACGCAUUUCAGGGGCUACUUUCUCCCAAAGGGAACGAUGGUGAUUCCUUCGCUCACUUCAGUGCUUAUGGAUCGAAGUCAAUGGGAGACCCCUCACGAGUUCAACCCUAACCACUUCCUUGACGCCGACGGGAAGUUUGUCAAGAAAGAAGCCUUCAUGCCUUUCUCCUUAGGGCGCCGAAAUUGCAUCGGCGAGAGCUUGGCCAAGAUGGAACUUUUCCUGUUCUUCACGGGCCUGCUGCAGAAAUUCACUUUUCAACCGCCACCAGGGCUUACGGAAACUGACUUGGACUUGACCGUUCCUAAGACGACCUUCACUUUGAGGCCGCAACCUCAGCUGACUUGCGCCAUUCCCCGGGAGUGAAAAGAGGACAUUGCGAUGAGAUAAUCCACACACAAGAAGGGGGUAACCCCCAGAGGAAAAAACCUCAAGUAGAGCAUUCCUUUUGGUGGAGCAGGAACUGAUGGAUCAGUACCUUAGCAAAGCUAGAAUUGCCAUGGGGUGUAUGCUUGAGAGGAAAAUGCAACUGGUCCCAAAAAACGUGACUUUUUCCAUGCUUGUCAUACU